UGAGAGGCGGUAGCGGCGGUGGUGGCGGCAGAGGCGGCGGUAGCGGCGGCAGCUGUGAGGGGGUUCCGGGAAGAUGGUGCUGAUUAAGGAAUUCCGUGUGGUUUUGCCAUGUUCUGUUCAGGAGUAUCAGGUUGGGCAGCUGUACUCUGUUGCAGAAGCUAGUAAGAAUGAGACUGGUGGUGGAGAAGGAAUUGAAGUCUUAAAGAAUGAACCUUAUGAGAAGGAUGGCGAAAAGGGACAGUAUACACACAAAAUAUAUCACCUGAAAAGCAAAGUUCCCACCUUCGUGAGGAUGAUUGCUCCUGAGGGCUCCUUGGUGUUUCACGAGAAAGCCUGGAAUGCCUACCCCUACUGCAGGACAAUUGUAACGAAUGAAUAUAUGAAAGAUGAUUUCUUCAUUAAAAUUGAGACAUGGCACAAACCAGACUUGGGAACAUCAGACAACGUACACAGUUUGGAUCCAAACACAUGGAAAACUGUCGAAAUUGUCCACAUAGAUAUUGCAGAUCGAAGUCAAGUUGAACCAGCAGACUAUAAAACUGAUGAAGACCCAGCAUUAUUCCAGUCAGUCAAGACCAAGAGAGGCCCUCUGGGACCCAACUGGAAGAAGGAGCUGGCAGACGACACUGACUGCCCUCGGAUGUGUGCCUACAAGCUAGUGACCAUCAAGUUCAAGUGGUGGGGCUUGCAGAGCAAAGUGGAGAACUUCAUUCAGAAGCAAGAAAAAAGGAUAUUUACAAACUUUCAUCGCCAGCUUUUUUGUUGGAUCGACAAGUGGAUUGAUCUGACAAUGGAGGAUAUUAGGAGAAUGGAAGACGAGACUCAGAAAGAACUAGAAACAAUGCGUAAGAAGGGUACCGUCCGAGGCACGUCGGCUGCUGAUGUCUAGAUGAGUCCCCUGUAGGGUCAGAGACAAUAUCACACUGUUUACGUAAUCAAGGUCAAGUGAGGGGAACCAGUGCAGCCAGUGACGAGUGAAGACGAAUCUGACCAGUGUCCUGCAGUGUUGAAGUUUCCGACGUGUGCUUGUGGAAACGCACACACACGCACAGGUUCCCAGCCACAUGUGUCUGUGUGUGUGUGUGUCUGUGGCUGUAUAUAGAACGCAUGUAGAGCUGCAGACCCAGAUGCACACGCGUGUGUGUAUAUAUGUACAUACAAACAUCCUGAASGGAUUAGUACACUUUCUCCAACGUACUGUACCUAUCUUCAGCAAGAAUGCAAAAGAAAAUAUUUUCAAUAUAUAUACCUGGAACAGAUUUUAAUAAUUAUCAGAGUAAAACCAUUAAUGGACAAAUUGACUGCGAUGUGAUACGAGCUGGUAUGUUUCAUAAAUGUCAAGCUGUGGACCAACA